GUGGGAUUAGGGGCGGGGUUUCCCUGCGACUCUGUCGGCCGUUGGGCGCGCAAGGAAUUUCAAACAUUUGGACAUCUAAGUAGGACCUGUUCCGUGGAUUUGGGUUAAGUUCGGGAAUUCUGAUAUAGACAGUAGAAAAAUGCGCCGAGAGUAAAAAAUGUAAAGCUACGUCGUAUACGACAGAAAAGAUCGUAUAGAAUAAGUAGCUGAAUUCCAUCUACAGAGUCGGCCACGGAAAUACUGAACCCUACUAUCUGCCAAGUGGGCAAAAUGCAGGAUUGUAAAGAGUUUUCUCUGAGGGCUGAGAUAGACCGCCUUUCUUCUGAGUUGCAGGAAGCCACUGAAGAAAACCUACAGGCUGCCCGCUAUGGUCUGGCUGUCCUGGAGGAGAACACUGCUCUAAAAACCAAAUACAGUGAGCUGGAGGUAGAGCAUGAAGCACUCAAGCAAGAGCUGGAACAUAUAAAAGAAGCACUUGCAGACUCUCUGAAUAAUCAUAAGAAAGCAACAGCAGAUGGGGAAAAACAUGAGGAAUCACUACUGAGAGAAACUGCUUCCAAAGAGGCUGCCAUGGAAGAAAAGAUCGAGGAAUUGCAGUCUGACCUGAAACAAGCCAGAGUUAGUCUAGUCAACACCAAGGCAGAGAACGAACGGCUUGUUUACAUCAUGCAAGACCUCAAAAAGGAGUGUGAGUGCUUGGAAGGAGAAAAGGGUCAUUUGCGGGAUGAACUCAAAGAAUACAAAGUUCGAGAGUUAAGGCAACUACAAGACAACACUGAACUAGAGGACGAGAACAUCUCUUUGCAGAAACAAGUUUCAGUCCUGAAAGAGAAUCAGGUGGAGUUUGAAGCAGUGAAGCAUGAGCUGAAAUGCAGAGAUGAAGAGCUGGUGCUUUUGAAUAACCAGAUUGAAGAAAUGAAUCGUCUGCGAGAAAUCUCUGAACGACAGCUUGAGGAAGCUCUGCAGACCCUUAAGGAGGAGAGAGAACAAAAGAGCAGUCUGCGCAAGGAACUCUCAAUGUAUUCUAUCAAUCCCUUUGACUCCCUCAGCAACCUUCAUCUUAAUCUGGAAGGUCUGGAAGAGAGUCUUCAAGAUGUCCAAGAAGACAGUGGCUUUAACAGUUGUGGGAUAUACCCUCCAAAAAUCAAUGGAGAGCACUUACACCGUAUCUCAACUCCACGGAACAGUGAUGUUUUCCGGCCUGCACCCAGCCUGGUCUCGGAUCUGCUUAGUGAGUUGAAUCUUUCAGAAUCUCAAAGGCUUAAACAGCAACUGCUCCAGGUGGAGAAGGAAAAAACAGCCCUCAUCAAUUCUGUGCAAGAGUUACAGAAGCAAUUAGAUAUAACAAAGGAGGCUCUAUCAGAGCAACAACAUAUGGUACACAAGUCAGUUCAACAGUUGGAGGCAUUGCAGAGCUCCAAUGACUUACUAUUGCAGCAUCAGAAAGGAAACAAUAUGGGUUCUUGCCAACUACAUGUCAACGGUGAAGAAAACCCGGAAUUCCCAUUUUCAACUAAUGAAGAGCUUAUACAUCUUAAGAAGAAUUUAAAAGAAGCAGAAGCUAGAUUUAGUGCUCUAGAAACCAGAUACAAAAAUGAGAAAGACAGAUGGAGGGGUGAAGCACAGGAGCUUGCUGAUAAGAUUUGUCAAUGUAUCAAGAUUAGCCGACAAGACCAGGACAGAAUCUCUGAGUUGGAAAAAGAAAUUGGAACAACUCGUAAAGUGGCAACUGAUACAGAAGUCAUUCUUGGCAUGGUACAGAAAGAGCUGGUGGUGUUCACAGAAGAGAUGGCUAGCUUAUAUCACCAUAUUUGUAUGUGCAAUAAUAUAACACCAAAUCGGGUAAUGCUUGACUACUACAAAGAAGGAAGAGGCAGCCGCAGUUCCCUCAAAAAACGUCGUUCUUCUGACCUUUUAGGAAAGAUGAUGCUAAACCCAGAGUCUCCAGUCAGUGAAAGUAGUCAUAGUGGUGAUUCUUCCCCUGUUGGAGGCAGCUCCAGCUCGCCUACUAUAGACUUUAGAGACCCUAUGAAUGCACGAAAUCUAAUUACUGUAGCAAGGAACCAGAUUAAACAUUUACAGGUGGCUGUGGACCUUUCAAGACAAAGAGGAGGCAACUUUCCUGUUUCUUCUCUUUUGGGCACUGAAGCAGAACUAGACAAUGCAGCACUCAUGGAGGAGGUUUUAAAGCUGAAAUCACUUCUCAGUACCAAGCGGGAACAGAUUGCUACACUAAGGACUGUCCUCAAGGCAAACAAGCAAACUGCUGAAGUGGCAUUGUCUAACCUGAAGGCUAAGUAUGAAAAUGAGAAGUCUUUGGUAUCAGAAACAAUGGUGAAGUUGAGGAAUGAGCUGAAAGCUCUAAAAGAGGACGCUGCUACCUUCUCUUCCCUAAGAUCCAUGUUUGCCAGCAGAAAAGUUUCUCUGUCAGUCAUUUCAGAAGAGCACAGUAGACUGCACUAAGCAUCAAUAACUUCUGGAAACUGAACUCAAAGUCAUCGUUUUGCACCUGCAAACCAGUUUUCUUUCAAGAAUGUUUUCCUGAAUUUGUAAAUGUAAUGCUAUGUGUUUAUUUUUUAAUCUGUUUUUGGAUAGAGCUUAUCUUGAAAUCUGCUCUAAAACCAUGACUUGAAAUUAGGAAAUAAAGCCAUUUAAGCACUAUAUUUAGACAUUGCGCUAUCUACCAAAGAUAUGGUAACAGUGGGUUGUUUAUUUUAAUCUUGUGUUUGUUAGUUCAUUUAUGUUUUAAGAGUUAUAUAGGUUUAUAUGUGUGUGCGUCUUUAUCUGAUUCCCCCUACCGUGUUUAUCUAGUCCUUGACUUUGCUUGUUAGAAACAGAACACCAAGUGAAUUUGAUGUUUUGUAUCUUGUCUAGGGGAGUAUACAUACAGUUGAGAUCUUCAUAAAAAGAACUUAAACAGAACAUCCCACAGUUAGAAGGCAUGUGAAAUAAAAGUCCCGUUGAGUGUAGUUGUAUUUGUCUGUUACAUCAUUUGAAUGUCAAAUAUUAAACUUUUCUGUGCAAAUGAAUACACUAAAAUAGUCCUUUGUAGUUUGUACCUGUUUAUUAAGGAGAAAGGGAAGAAAUUUAUAUUGUUUACAGUUGAAGGAACAGUUUUAAUUAUUUAUUUUCUGAAACCCACUUAAUCCUAGAGCAGCAUUGUGGGAGGGGCAAAGACUUUACCAGUAGCACAAGGCAGGCACCUUGAAGUGCCAUCAAGGAUUUCAUUGAAAAGCAUAAAUAUGCCAUGAGGUAGCCUACUUAAGUCCAUGUUUAUGUGACACUAUUAUUGUUAUAAUUCAGUAUAUGUGGUCGUAAGCUUAAAAGCUGUCCUUGGUUCUUGUAGAUCUGUCUUUAAUCUUUCCUUCAGCGUAAUUCAGCCAUGCAAUCUUAGAGCUGUUGGAAAUAAUAAUUUAUCACAGUCUUCAGGGUCUUUGGAACACUGCUGGCUCAAUUACUAAGUUACAUCCUUUUUUCCUCUCGUGCCAUUUUGCUCACUAUAUGCUUUUUUUCCUCCUGUCUACAAUAGCAGUAAUAUUCUAUUACAAGCAAGUUCUUGUUGUAACUAGAGAUAAAAGACUGAUUAUAUUUUAGAAGCUUUGUAAGAAAAUAAAACAGAAAACCCCUGGAAAAAGAUCAGCAGAGAGAAAGUAUAGUUAGCCUUUCUGUCAUCAUUUUUAGCUCAGAAAUAAAAGUCUUAUCAUUUCACAAAGGUAAUGUACCUCAUUCUAACAAUAAACUUUGAAGAUAUUAUGCUUCUAUUUAUGUUAACUUGGAGAAGCAGUGUACCUGGUUUAUUGAUCAAAUUAUAAAUUUGAAGAAUUUACAGAAUCUUUAAUUAUGUUUUGCCAGUCUCAACUAUUCUAUUUGAAAUUAACAUACAUCAGAUGUAAAUUAAAAAUCUGUCUUCACUCCCUUGCUUUUUUUAGCAUACGAAAAUAAUUUGAUUCCUUAGUAAAACUGGCUUUAACUUUUUAACAGGUUUAAGCACAUUAGAUCAAAAUCUGUGAAAUGGCUUUGAUUAUUUGUAGUGUUGUAGUUCCAAAUGUCAGAAUUAUAGAGUUAUUUCUUAUUUGGAUAUUGGAAAUUUUGGAAUUCUUACAAAAAGAUAAACUUACAAUACAACAAUAAAGAUUUAGUUUCAGCCAAUCAGUGUUGGAGGGAAGAAUCAGAGUGACUUCAACAUAUUAUAAGCAAGACAUAUUCAAGUGUAAGCACAUAUGUUCUUGUCAAAUCAUCACCUACUUUGACAUUUAAUCUUUUUACAGAGUAUGUGCAAUAUGCUGGCCAAUGUGGCAAUUGUACCAAUGGCAUUGCAAAGAUUAUCCAAUCUUCAUGAAACACAUUGAACCUAAACAAGUCAGUUAAAUUACUGGUGCUUCAAAUUUGAAAAAUUAUAUAUAAAGAUGAGAGUAGUACAUGUCGACACCGUCUUUUCUUGUACCCCCCAGGUAGAGACAAGCACAACAUUGCAUAAAAAUAAUUUAUAUAUAUAUAAAAUAGUAUCACUAGAGGCUUUGGACACAUCUACUCAUAGAAGCGUUUAAUGCUCUCAACCACCAUCCUAAGGUAUCCUCAUGGGGUGCUUCUCCAACAGUCUUUAAGGAGUACCCACAUAUGCCGAGCACCUCCUGACUGCUUUUUAUUAAUUCUUUGGUCCAGCACAUCCUAAACCAUCUUAUUUAGGUUCAGGUCUCUGUGGAUUCAUCUGAUAAAACACUUUUAUCACUCUUCUCCUUUGCCAAAUAGCUAUUAAACAACAUAGAUGUGUUUUUGGUCAUUGUUAUGUUGAAAAUUAAAGGACAGCCCAUACCUGAUGCAAUGUCUCUGUAAAAUUCCGUAGUAGCCAUCUUGGUUAAGUAUUUCUUCAGUUUUAAAUAAAUUCUGGCAGUGUCACAAGCAAAACACUGCCACCCAUCCUCUCCCAUUAUUUACAGUAUACAGAAAUCAUUUGUUCACAUCUUAUGAGCACACUGCAAUUGGAAUCAAAAAUCUAAAAUUUACACUCUUCACAACAAAAGGCAGGUGUUCACUAGUCUGAUGGUCACAGUAGUUUCUUCACAGCAUUUCUACAGUGAAAUGCUGCUGGGAAAUGCCCUAGUGACUCCCUUCAACCCCCAAACCCUCUAUCUUGACAUUGACCAAGUGGAGUUGAGAAUGGCCUACUGACAAAUUUUAAGCAUUUAAACAUAAACCAUUAUAUCAGAAUUUUGUGAAAAGAAUGCAUAGAGAGAGAACUGCUAACCAAACACUGUGCUGCCCCCCUCUGUUACAGCGCAACACUAACUUUGCUCAAGGUUGGACUCCCGCAGGAUUCUAUAAGAAAUGUAGUUUGAACAGGCAGCCCAGUCAGGAACAUUCACAGUCACUAGGGGGAGCUUCUGGCUAGCAGCCUCUGUAUUCCUGUAAGGAUCCAACUGUCUUGAUAAGGCUUCUCGUGUAUGUUCCUGAUGUGCCAAAAGUACUCCUGGGUCAGGUUUUAAGAGGAGCGUCUCGUUCUCGGCCAGAUAAAUUCGUUGCGGCACAAGCUCAUUUGCUGUAGUUAAGGAGAUAAGGAAAUGGCUAUUUUGAGACGUGACUAGCAAGGAUUGGCAAUAAAGGUUGAUUUACUUUUUAAAUCUUUUCUGUUCAUUUGUUUUCAGUAUGAACGUGCUUUAGAUAGGUUUUCUUCCUGCACCUAUAACAAGGAUUUAUGCUUUAUUUGGCCUGACCUUUCUUAUUUUAUACCCAUCAGGAAUUUUAAAGCUCCAAAGUCUUGUAUGGACUUCAUAAACAUUUUUUUUCAUAUAUACUGUAUGUGUAUUUAUGUAUGUACAACAUAUGUUGAUGUAGAUAUUAUAUAUUGAAUGGCAUUGUUUUAUGCUUGUAUUUGUAAUUCAGUGUAAUGAUCUGAACAGGAUCACUGAGAUGGGUGCUGUA